GCUACUUGCACUAAUUAGCUUGGCUGGGAACAGUUCUGUGCAGCCGAGUUCCUGUUAAAGUCAGAUUAAGAUUUGACUGUUGACUGAAAUAACCGGUCAAAGAGUUUUUAAUAGGGAUGGACACCCCAGCAGAGCCGUUUUAUCGACAGCUUCCGAAAGUGGUAAUGCCCACCAACAGCUAGCUAGCGAGCUGGCUAGUAUUCCCGGCAAAGGGCUUUGCUAGGAGGACAAGCGACCAGUUAGGAGCUCCAUGCCCAUCUCAAUGGCUCUGUCAGUGCGGCCACUAUGGAGUACCUCAUUGCUCGCAAACCACAUCUCAACAUCCAGCACAGCAUGACAGCCAUCCGCAAGGGUCAACGCCGGACACUUGACGAGUGCUUUCAGGUUUUCAAAGUGAUUCACCAGCUAAUAGACACAGAAGAAGACCUCCUCUUGGUUGCCAAAGCAGUGAUUGAGGAGUUUGCUGCAGAUGGAGUGCGGUACCUUGAGUUGCGAAGUACACCUCGUGAAGAAACACGCACAGGUCUGACAAAGAGGAAGUAUGUGGAAACAGUCAUUGAAGCCAUUCGUCAGUGUAAACAAGAGGGAGUGGACAUUGAAGUCAGGUUUCUAGUGGCCGUUGACCGAAGGAAUGGACCUGAGGUGGCUGUGGAGACUGUUAAGCUUGCAGAAGAUUUCAUGACAUCCAGUAAUGGAGUAGUGGUUGGGCUAGACCUUAGCGGGGACCCAACGGUGGGUCAUGGAAAAGACCUGUUGCCUGCCUUGCAGAAAGCCAAGAACUGUGGCCUGAAGCUGGCUCUACAUUUAUCGGAGGUUCCCUCACAAAAGGAGGAGACAGAGCUGCUCUUGACCAUACCGCCCGACAGGAUUGGCCAUGGAACAUUCUUACACCCAGAAGUGGGUGGGUCAAAGUGCUUGGUGGACAAAGUGAGAGAGAGGAACAUUCCCCUGGAGUUGUGCUUGACUUCCAAUGUUAAGGGCCAGACAGUGGAAUCCUAUGAUAAACACCACUUCCUGUAUUGGUACCAGAUGGGGCAUCCAUGCGUGCUGUGUACGGAUGACAAGGGAGUAUUCAGCACUGAUCUUUCUCAGGAGUACCAGCUGGCAGCCUCCACCUUUGGGCUUAGUCAGGAAGCCAUAUGGGAACUGUCCCAGCAGGCUAUCAGCUGCAGCUUUGCCCCUGAUGGCCUCAAGAAGCAGCUGUAUGAAAGGUGGGCAUUACUUCGGCCCCAGGUCUUGCGCUGACGUGCCCCCACCCUCUCACCAGUUCAGGAUGUCCAGAUGGAUGCCCUCAGAAUACCUCAGGCACACUGAUUUCCAGGGAACUCUACCUCUCCCACUGACCCCACUAAAAGGAAUCUGCUUAAACCAGAUUUUAUGGAUUUACACAUCUAUGGAUCCAGAGUCUGAAGCACUGCUUUCAAAUUAGGUUAAAGGAGCUUUACCAGCCUAUUUUGUGAUCACUGUAGCAACCGUUGUAGCAUUGACUGCACCCAGUGUGUCUUUAGUCUGUACGUGAAGGGAUGUUUUGCUGAUCUACUUUUGUGAGUAUAUAAUGUGGGAAAAAAUAAA